AUGGCAUUAGUUGACGCAGACUCGAGGUUUCUUUAUGUAGACAUUGGCGCCAAGGGCCGGUGUUCAGAUGGCGGAGUUUUCCAAGACUGUACUUUGCGUGAUGCAUUGGAGAAGGGCAAAUUGGGGCUACCAGAGCCAGCACCGCUACCAAACGAUGAUCAGCCUGUGCCGUACAGCAUAGUAGCCGAUGACGCAUUCCCAAUGCGUUCCUGGCUGAUGAAGCCGUACCCACAUCGACAGAUGACUAGGCAACAGCGAAUAUUUAAUUAUAGAUUGUCCCGUGCUCGCCGGGUUGUAGAGAACGCCUUUGGCAUUUUGGCACACAGGUAA